AUGACUGUGGAAUCUCUUCCGAGUGCGUCCUCCUCUGCUUUCAACCUUGAUCGAUCCACUUUAAAAUCUCGAAGCAGCUUUAAAAAUGACUUGAAGAAUUCCACAGCUUCCCAGGCAGGUUGCUUGGAAGUUGCUAAACUACAAGAUGACGCGUCCCGUCUUCGAAAACUAGAAAGUGCGGAUAAGUUCCAGAUACAGAUGGCGCUUUUGAUCGAUCUUACAAUUUUUGGACUUUCAUAUUAUUACCCUUCGUUCUCAAAAUUCUACACUUUACAAUAUAGAUACCCACAUAGCAACUUCUAUGAUAUGGGUAUUGACGACUCAUAUUUUGUGAUUUUCAGUGUGCUGAAUUUGGUACUCAUUAGAGGAUUUUGCAUGUUGUACAUAUUAAAGCCUAUUGCGCAGUCAUUCCAAAUGUACAAACUUAAAGCAAUACAGAGGUUCAAAGAACAGGGAUGGUCAAUCAUAUACUUCUCAUUCUCUUGGGCAUUUGGUUUUUAUUUGUACCUGCACUCAGAUUACUACUUGAACUGCGAUAAAUUUUAUGAGAGCUGGCCGAACGACAAAAUGUCAGCCUCAUUCAAAGCUUACUAUCUUAUCCAAACUGCAUGUUGGUUUCAACAAAUGAUUGUUCUCCAUAUCGAGGAAAAAAGAAAAGAUCAUUAUCAGAUGUUUUCUCACCACAUAAUCACAUCACUGCUUUGCAUAGGCUCUUACGCUUACUACUUCACCAAGAUUGGACAUGUUAUUUUUUUACUAAUGGACAUCGUCGAUGUGUUUUUGUCAUUUGCCAAGAUUCUCAAAUAUUGCGGCUACCAGACUUUUUGUGACACAAUGUUUGCCGUGUUCAUGAUCAGUUGGAUUGCAUUGCGCCACGUCGUGUACAAUUAUGUGUUCUAUCAUGCUUACAAAAAUGCAUACAAGAUGCAUGGAACCUGUGAAGAAUUGGCGCCUCUUGGCGACUAUAAAAUCUGCUACCACAAUGCAACGGUCAAUAUAUUUUUAUCAUUACUUGGUGGAUUACAAGUAAUCACAAUCUUCUGGAUGUUCCUCAUUGCUAAAGUUGCAUAUAGAGUCGUUUCUGGGGAUAGUGCAGAUGAUGUAAGAAGCGAUGAUUCAGAUUAG